GCAUUUGGUCUAUAAAUAUUCUGGAACUUUCCCAAACCUUGUCCUUGCUUGAUCUCCCACUUGGAAAAGUUCGCUUCUUCAAUUUCUGAUCUGCAUUAUCACCGUUUUUCAAUGGCAACCAAGAGGAGCGUGAGUACCUUGAAGGAGGCUGAUUUGAAGGGUAAGAGGGUGUUUGUGAGAGUUGAUCUGAACGUGCCUUUGGAUGAUAACUUCAACAUCACCGAUGACACCAGAGUUCGUGCUGCUGUGCCCACUAUUAAGUACCUGAUGGGUUACGGUGCCAAGGUCAUCCUCUCCAGUCACCUGGGACGUCCAAAGGGUGUGACACCUAAAUACAGCUUGAAGCCUCUCGUGCCUAGGCUCUCUGAACUUCUUGGAGUUGAGGUUAAGAUGGCAAAUGACUGCAUUGGGGAGGAAGUUGAAAAAUUGGUUGCUCAACUUCCAGAAGGUGGUGUGUUGCUUCUCGAGAAUGUAAGGUUCUCCAAGGAGGAAGAGAAGAAUGACCCUGAAUUUGCAAAGAAGUUAGCUUCUCUUGCUGAUCUCUAUGUGAAUGAUGCAUUUGGCACUGCCCACAGAGCUCAUGCUUCUACAGAAGGAGUUGCAAAAUACUUGAAGCCCUCUGUUGCUGGAUUUCUUAUGCAGAAGGAGCUUGAUUAUCUAGUUGGAGCUGUGGCUAACCCCAAGAAGCCAUUUGCAGCAAUUGUGGGCGGCUCAAAGGUGUCUACCAAGAUUACUGUUAUUGAAUCCUUGCUGGAGAAGGUUCAGAUUCUCUUGCUUGGUGGAGGAAUGAUCUUCACAUUUUACAAGGCCCAGGGUCAUUCAGUUGGAUCAUCACUUGUGGAGGAAGAACAACUUCAUCUUGCAACUUCACUUAUUGAAAAGGCCAAGGCUAAAGGGGUUUCUUUAUUGCUUCCAGCUGAUGUGGUCGUAGCUGACAAGUUUGCUGCUGAUGCUGACAGCAAGGUUGUCCCGGCAUCAGGAAUUCCGGAUGGAUGGAUGGGAUUGGAUAUUGGACCUGAUUCUAUCAAAACAUUUAGCGAAGCUCUGGAUAAGACUCAGACCAUCAUCUGGAAUGGACCAAUGGGUGUCUUCGAGUUUGAGAAGUUUGCAAAAGGAACAGAGGCCAUAGCCAAGAAAUUGGCUGAGCUGACUGGGAAGGGGGUGACGACCAUCAUCGGAGGAGGUGACUCAGUUGCAGCGGUAGAGAAGGCUGGUCUGGCUGACAAGAUGAGCCACAUCUCCACCGGUGGUGGUGCAAGCUUAGAGCUUCUUGAGGGGAAAUCACUUCCUGGGGUGCUUGCCCUGGAUGAUGCUUGAGCAAAGACCUUGUGAUUGACCAGCCCUUGGGUGUAUUUUGUGCUAUAUUAUGGUUGGGUUUCAACCAACAAAGGAGUUAUUUGCGCUUGUAGCUAGAGGCAAGUAUAGGAUAGGUCUUAGAAUAAAGACGUGUUGCGAUGUCCUUGGAGAAGCAUUACUCUUGGUUAAAUUUUUCCCAGAACACAAUGUUAAUUUUCCAAGCUUCAGCAUGUUUGAUU